ACAUCCGGUCCAAAUUCUUCUUUUGUAAGCAAACAAUAUUUGCAUCUUCCUGACUUUCUGCCAUCACAUUUCCUGGCAGGGGACGUCUACAAAUAAAAACGCUAAUCAGUUUUACGUUUCCAAUAUAAAAUUGCGGAGCUGACAUAAAUGAUAGCCGUCUCCAAAUGUAACCCAAACACAUCAGAUGGCUUAAAGAAACACUGGUAACUAGAAGUUAGUGUCAGGAUGCGUUGUGUUCCUCGCAGAGUUCGUCAACAACGGGUGAUCUUUCUGUUGCUGGUAUUUCUUUUCGGAGUGUACCUAGCUUACAGGCAGCUUCAGGACAGUGAGCCCUCGGCAACUGGGAUCCGUCCAGAUGGUCAAGUAGUGGAACAUAUACAGCAAAAGUUGAGAGAAAAAGUUAGCGGAAAUCUCAAUCUGCCAAAGAAACCUGUUUUGCCAGAUGUUCAUUUAGAUGAAAACCUUAAAAAUCCUGGAGCUUUUCCUGCGUUACCACCAGUGUUUCCUGUAGGCAGGGCACUUGAAAAUGACGACGAUUAUGUCACGGAUGACGAGAGACUGGCUAGACUAAAACUGUUACUUUUAUCAUUAUCCCCAUCAAACUGGAAGACCACACUAGAUCCAGAUGAAAUGAUAUUAUUGACAAAAUCCGAGUUGUUGGAUUUAGGUAUAGAAAGUAAACUUACCUGUAGAGAAAUUGACAGUAUGAAAUCAAGUUAUGGGAGGCAUCAAGGGUUCUAUGGUAAAAAGAUUAUAGACUAUGUUCAGAGAAAUUACGCGUCAGAUUAUGUUCUGAAAAGUGUAGGUAGGGACCAGCAGCUAAAGAUAGAAUGUAUGAAAAUGGAUUAUAGGGAAGACAGGUGUCAUCUCAUGGGUAAUUAUAGGCUUGUUAAGGAACUUGUGUUGUUUAAUGUCUUAGAUCAUCCCUCUAUAAUAAAAAUGGAAGGCUUUUGUCUGCGGGGAGAAACCAUUGAUCCAAGGGUUAGGAUGAAGGGAGCAAUCAUUGUUACAGAGGCCGGGAAACAGAUGCAGCAGGACCUGUACCAGCUGUUACCAUGGGCAACUAAAGUAGAGCUUGGUAUCCAGCUCAUGAAACUACUGAUGUACCUAGACACGAGUCCUAUAGGAUCACUAGGCUUUGAAAAGCUACAGAUGAACGACUUUGUUAUGCUCAACUCGGACAUCAAACUUGUGGAUCUGGAUAACUUGAUGAUAGGAGAGAGCCGCUGCAUCCACGAUGAAGACUGUAAGAUAGAAAAUGUCCCCAGAAAAGAAAUCCGAUGUGUAGAGAAGAUGUGUAAAGGUCGCAACAUGUUGAAGAACUUGUUUUUGUUACAACAAUCAGUAUUGUCACUGCUGUUGAAAUACUCUCCUCUAGGGGAGGAAUCUUCACAGUUGUUGGAAAGUGUACAGGAACUGAGGCUGACUCCAAAGGAAGUGUUAAAAUGGUUUGAAAAGAAACAAGUUGGGGCCGGUCAAGCUCAGGAGUUCGAGAGACAGAAGAAUGUACAGAAGGAAAUAGACAGAGAAAAUAAAGAGAGACAGCCAGACACUCACAUCAACCAGAAUCCCAAUCAAGUACAGGAAAUGGAUUCCAACACUGGCAACAAGAACGGGUACAUCAGACAAAGCAAUUCUAACUUCCCAGGCCGCUUUGACUACUCGUGUGGAAAUUCUCGUGUAUCGUGGGGAUGUGUGCUUACUGUGAAAAGCUUGGAUGAGGCAAAGUCACUGUGUGACAGUGAUGCGACUUGUGCAUCAUUCAUCAUAUUCUCAUCCCAUCCAGAAUCAGAUGCGGUGAUGACAAUGGUAAUGAAAAACUCAGUUGACGGAAAUGCAGACCCAAACUAUGGGGCUACUUUGUUCAAGAAAAGCCCACACAGGGUACAAAAUGCCAUUGAAAAAAUCAAUCAAGACGCAAAUGCUGGCCAGCAAACAGAACAGACGGCCAAACCAACAAAUACAGAUAAGGCCAAUUCUAAAGCAUGUUUUGCUAAAGUAGCUAAUAGUACCAAAAGUGCUAGAAAAAGGAGAGAAAAGAGGCUUCUGACCCACCUAGGCCUAAGAGGUAUAAAUGAAGAAGAAUGGAAUACAUAUGCCGAGUCUCUGAAGAUUGCAAAAUACCUUGGUCCUUCUCAGCUGUCUUCUCAAACAGUUAAUGGAGGGAGGUUUAGAUUCCAGUUUGACAAGAAUGCCUUAGAUUUGAAGAAAGGAGAAUUUAUAGCGGAAAAGGGUCCAAAAUAUCACCAUUUGGCAUACCUUGCUACCUACCAUUUGGACAGGGUUCUAGGUCUUUACCACAUACCACCAACUGUGUCACGGACAUUGCAAGUCUCUGAACUGAAGAGUGUACAGGGUGACAAAUUCCCGUUACAAAAAUAUUUGAACAUCACUGGCGAAAGUGGCCUCCAAGGUUUGUGCUUUAAAUUUAAUUAA